CAGUGUGUGUGUGUGUGUGUGUGUGUGUCAGUGAGUAAGAGAGGAAAGGAGGGCGGGAGAGUAAUAGAAGAGAGAGAGAGAGAAAGAGUUCUUACUCAUUAAGCGAUCGACCAAGUUCAGCUAAGCCCACACUUUCUCUCUCUCUGCUGCACACACACACACACGCUCGCUCACACAGCGGUACACACACAUCGAUACAGACACAAACAGAAAGCAGAAGUGGAGAGAGGCUCUGGAUUUGGGGCGACGUGGUUGGUUAUGGCUCAUGGUCCUGACAGUAAUGAUUCCAGUUAUGCCAAGUCCCCUUCGCCAGCGAGCAGCAGGCAGGGCUCCUCAGACAACAUAAAGAAAGUAAUGAGAAGAGAAAAGAACCGUAUCGCUGCCCAGAAGAGCAGGAUGAGACAGACCCAGAAGGCAGACAGUCUACACCUGGAGAGUGAGAACCUAGAGAAGGAGAACGCAGCUCUGAGGAAGGAGGUGAAGAGACUAACAGAAGAGGCCAAGUAUCUCUCCUCCGUCCUGACUACCCAUGAGCCUCUCUGCACCGGCCUGGCCCCUCAGACGACCCAUGACCUUCUGUACUCCCCCCACCACCACGGGAGCAGUGCCUUCCACCACCAGCACAGUAUUGCUGUGUCUCACUACCAGCACUGAUAACCACAGAUCAACAAGGGGGACUGGAGAGAAGCUGGAGAAGUUUAGUGACCUUGGUACACUAUGGCACCCUAUUUCCUUAGUAGUGCACUACUUUUUACCAGAUGUGUCAAAAAGUCGUGUACUAUAUAGAGCCACUUGAACAGAAUGGGUAGAGUAUGGAGUAAAGACUGGCGUUUGAAACGGCACAGAACAAGCAGCAAUUAGGAAUGGUUUCUUGGUGUAAAAUAACAGAUUUUCUUAUUUUGAAAAGAUGACAAAAGGCAGUUUGAUAUAAAAUGACUUCCAAACCCAUCUCUAUGACGUGACUGUAGAAUCAAUCAAUGCAUCGACAAUGCAAAUAGUCCAUAUCUAACUGUAGGACAGAAAACCAACAUGAUCGCGAUACCAGACCAGUUUUUGGAAAUGUUUCUUGUCCUCUAUUCAUACAAUGAUGAAUGAUAAAAAUGAUUCAGUUUUAUGUUGUUUUUUUUUUAUUUAUUUUUUUAUCUUUCGUAUAUAACCUUUGAUCCCUUCAAUCUUGGAGGUUACAGUGUUUUUGUGCAUUGCUCUUGUGUCAGUUGUAGAUUUUACCUUUUUAAAUAUUUGAAGUAACGCUGAACUGUAUCACUGUUCCUACAUUUUUCAACAGUUUUGUUAUUUUAGUGUUUAUUGGCCUAAAAAAGAAAAAGUGUAAUAGUGCAAUUGUUUUACUGGAAAUACUCAGGAUACAAUCCCACAUCGUAGACGAUAACAACAGGCUAUUUGUGAUGGAGGUCGAAGGGUAUUUGAUAAAUUGUGCUUUAAUGACUCCAGUAAUGUUGAAAAUAUUCUUGUCGAAAAACAAACAAUGCUGCUUUUCUAUUUUGAUACCAACAAAAAAUGUAUUAUCUGCAUCAUGUAAAGUGCUAUAUCUCUGACAACCAGACAAUCACUUUGAUAACGAAAUCAUCAUGUUAAUCUAUCUGGUCGCUAGGUGGCGCUGUGUACCUAUAAGUAACCUUUAAGUAACGGUAAGGUACGGUAAAGCAUUGUCUCUAUUGUUAAUCUAUGUGGUCGCUAGGUGGCGCUGUGUACCUAUAAGUAACGGUAAGGUACGGUAAAGCAUUGUCUCUAUUGUUAAUCUAUGUGGUCGCUAGGUGGCGCUGUGUACCUAUAAGGUACUCUAUUGUUAAUCUAUGUGGUCGCUAGGUGGCGCUGUGUACCUAUAAGGUACUCUAUUGUUAAUCUAUAUGGUCGCUAGGUGGCGCUGUGUACCUAUAAGUAAAGGUAAGGUACGGUAAAGCAUCGUAUGCUCCAAUAUGAAUGUUUCUCUAAUUGCACUGAGACAGGACAGCACUGAGACAGGACUUACACUGUCUUUAGUUUACCAUAAGUAGUAUUGUGAUUGUACUUUUAAAAAUAUAUAUAUUUUCUGUUUUAUUGAAACGUUUUUUUUUUUAUUUGUUUUAAUAAAUAUAUAUAUAUGUUGUCUUACUGUACAUUUAGAAAUAAAGUUAACGGAAGAAAAAAAAACAA